AUGGCCUUCUUGUUCCCCCAGCCGUGUCCAGAAUUGCCGGAGUACCAAAACCUGCUCCUCAAGGGACCUUACCACGCUUCGGCGCCCGUACACCUACUCUUGUCGCAUGCACUCACAAAUCCUGACGCAAAAGCGAUCCUCUUGUCACCUAACCGGGCCUCGUUCAAGGAUGCGCUAGUCGACCUGGACGACGAAUGGCUGGACCGUAACAGUGGCCACGGCCGCGUCGCAUACGCCAGCCGCCGAACGGAGAUAUACUAUCCGCCGACGCUGGCGCACCUGCGCCUCUUACUGUCGAUGCUGCAUGAAUACGACACGACCGUCCACCACGAGAAGACGACACUCGACGCCGCGCCGAGUCUGCUGGUGCUGCACGAGAUAUCCUCGUAUCUUGACAACGCGUCCUCUGAGACAACGUAG